AUGAUUGAUAUUAAGAGCCGCGCUAAGCUGAAUCAAGCCUACUUCGGUUUUAACGGACAGGAGAAAAGCUUCCGCGGAUCCUUUGAUGCAUCCACUACAUCUGUACAUACUCUAGAAAUAUCAUUGCCAUCAGACAACCUGCUUCUAGCGUGUCAACGUGUAUCCCGUACACCUAGCAGACGACAAAUGAGGCUGUUUACACCGCUCAAGUCGACAAUUUCAACGGCAUGCGCCUCUCAUCACGGCAUGUUGUCGGCCGUUCUGCGGAGACGUCAAUUGCUUUCUACCAGGAGUUCUGGUGUUUAUAGUGCUUUUCGACAGCGGAGAGUGGUGCAUACUAUCUUCUCCAACCCAUUGGUAGGAAAUACAGAUGGUUGGAGAUGUAACAACACAAAUCCAUUUCUUCAGCCCAGAGUAGUCACCCUCAACCAAAAGCGACGAAACGGAAGCACGAAUUCACCGCCGGAUAAGCCAGAAAAAGAAUUAAAAUUAAAGCCCAAGUCAAAAUUACUAUCUCGGCUACCAGUGCCCGUGCAUGAAAACAUUUACACAGUACCCAACAUCCUGACAUUUUCACGACUACUUGCUGCACCUGCUGUUGGUUACCUACUAGUCCAUAACCAUCACACAGCUGCAUUAUCUCUUUUCGCGUAUGCCGGCAUCACAGACCUGAUAGAUGGGUAUAUCGCUCGACGAUACAACCUGCAAACUGUCGUGGGAACCAUUAUCGAUCCAGCAGCGGACAAAUUAUUGAUGACGAUUAGUGUUGUCUGUCUGGCAUUAAAUGGGUGGAUGCCUGCAUGGCUGGCCGUUCUGAUCCUUGGCCGAGACGUCGGUCUCAGCAUCUCGGCUAUAUAUUACCGAUGGAUAUCACUUCCUCCACCAAAAACCAUGGCACGAUAUUGGGACUUUUCCUUACCUUCUGCUGAAGUCAAACCAACAGCAAUCUCAAAAGUGAAUACAGCUUUGCAAUUACUCCUGGUCGGCUCGUCGAUAGCACUUCCUGUGCUUCCGGAAUCGUUGGCUGGGGCGUGGGGGUUGUAUAAUGGGCUUGUUGGGUUACAAUUACUCGUCGCAGCUACCACCGUCUGGUCCGGAUUGAGCUAUGUCUUUUCCAAAGAUGCGGUCAAGAUUCUGUCAGACAAAGAAAUUCAGCAACGCAUUGCUCGUGCUAGCAAAAAUGAUAAAAAAUAGCCUGACCUUCAUGCCAUUGACACAUCCAUUUUACUAUGAACAAUCCUAUACCAUCUAUACUCUAAGCUAGUUAACACGGUUACUUCUCUCUUAUUGUCUCUUUGAUAUAACACGACAACGUCUUUGUGACACUCUCAUUAGCAGAAUACCCCCGAACCUUAGUUCAGUGACGAGUUUACUCUGAUCUGGCUACCCUUCAAGCAAAGAUUUACGACACCUACACUGCGAAUGAAAAAACUCGUAUGUUUGGUUACGC